AUGGAGAAUCCGACGACAAUCAUCAGCGAAUGGUCUGGGUCUCCAGCGCCGCGAAAGAUUGCGGCACGGUCUGUUCCAAUUUCCAGAGGGCAACAGCGGCACCCGGAAGAAUACAACCUUGCAGGCAAGCAACGCAUAUGUAGCGGGUUCCAGCACAAGGCCCAACUGCUGCUGCUUUUGGUUGAGAAAUCCUCACUUUCUGAAUUUUAUCAUUUUGCUACAAGAACCGACCACAUUAUGUCGUGUCGGUUUUUGGAGAUCCCCUCUGAAUUAAGACUACAGAUAUAUGCCCACAUCUGCUACCCGAUAUCCUCGUUCCCGCCGAGUUUUCUGACAAGACAGCCCUCCGGUCGGAUGGAGCAAGAACCAAGACCGCGAUCCUUCGAACCUGCCAUCAGAUACAUAAUGCGGCAAUCUCCAUCCUCUAUCAAACUCCGUUCCAUUCGCGGUUCACACGUUACACCAUGCUCGUUCUCCAUCGCCGGCUAUACCUAUAACUGUGCCGACCACCUCCCUACAAUUCCAGAGCGACACGGCGUACAUAUCAACGCGGACUAUAGAAUGAAUCACGUGCUGAUGGAAGGGAUAUUAAGUCAAGGUUGA